UCCACUCCAAGCAGCCAACGCAGGAUAACACUAGAGCAACCAUAUAUAUAUAUAUAUAGACCGAUAACUCAGUUAACAAAGCAAUCGCAUAAUUCAACGUGCAGCCAUGAAAGCCUUUGUCUGUCUUCUGCUGAUUGGAGCGGCCAGCGUAACGGCCAAGCCUAAGCCAGGUGGUGGCGGCUGGUCCUCGGGCGGCGGUGGUGGUGAUGGUGGUUGGUCGUCGGGCGGUGGCGGCGGCGGAGGACAUGGCGGCGGCGGCGGCGGCGGCGAUGUGCAGGUGAUCAAGGUUAUCACCGAAAGCGGCGGCGGUGGCGGCGGCGGCGGCUGGUCCUCUGGCGGCGGCGGCGGUGGUGGCUGGUCUUCGGGCGGUGGUGGCGGCGGACAUGGAGGCGGCGGCGGCGGCGGCGAUAUAAAGCUUAUUAAGAUCAUCAGCCUGGGCAGCGCUGGCGGCGGCGGCGGCGGACAUGGCGGCGGCGGCGGCGGCGGUGGCUGGUCCUCCGGCGGCGGUGGCGGCGGCUGGUCCUCCGGCGGUGGCGGCGGCGGCGGCGGUUCCACCAAGGUCAUCAAAAUCAUUAAGCUGAGCGGCGGCGGUGGACACGGCGGCGGUGGCUGGUCCUCUGGCGGCGGCGGCGGCGGCGGUGGCUGGCAGCCAGCUGGCGGCUGGGCCUAAGCCCGACCAAGCGGCUAGCCAGGCGCCUGUAAAUACUGUAUAUAAUUGAGACAUUAUAUAUAUAUAUAUUUUUUUAA